CCCAUGGAGUGUCACACUGCAUGACAUCACUUCCAUAGAAUAGAAAUGCCAUAUACUGACUGUGCCUAAAAUAAACAGAUAUUAACUUUUCUGUUCUUAAUUACAGCUCAAUUUUUCAGACAUUUAAUUGUUGCCAAGGGCAUAAGAGUAAUUCACUUAGUAUACUCUGAUUAAUUGUAGAAAAACUUGUCCAAACAUGGCUGACCAUAUGCGUAAAGUCCGGAAAAAAUUGGCGAAACGAAAAGACAGGCAAUCUCAACUAAAAAGCAUGAGGGAUAAAAUGUUUGAGGCUGUGAAAGCUGAAAAAGAAGAAACUGAAUACUCCACACUGCAUGGACAAAGUGAAGAACCAUCUUCAGAAAAAGACGGAGCAGUAAUGGAGGUACAGGAGCAAGAAAUGGGGGCUCCAGAAAUAAAAACUGAUAAAAAAUCCAAAAAAAUCAAAAAUGAAAAAAAAUCUGAGAAUAAAAAAUCUGAAAACGAAAAAUCCGAAAACAAAGAAUCUGAAAACGAAAAAUCUGAAAAUGAUAAAAAAUCAGAUUUAAUUGUAACUACUGCUCCAGGCUCUGAGUUAAAAGUUAAGACAAUGGCGGCGCCAGUAAAUGUAGAUACUUCUUUUGCGUCCCUUGCAACAUUAGGUGUCAGCGACUUAACUUUAAAAGCAAUCGAAGAUAUGGGAUUUAGUCACAUGAUGGAAAUACAGGCUAAAUCUAUACCACCUUUGCUAGAAGGUAGAGAUCUUUUGGCAGCUGCUAAAACUGGCAGCGGUAAAACGCUAGCGUUCCUUAUCCCAGCAAUAGAGCUUAUGUAUAAGUUAAGAUUCAUGCCAAGAAAUGGAACUGGAGUUAUUGUUAUAUCUCCAACAAGAGAACUAGCUAUGCAGAUAUAUGGGGUUCUUCAAGAUUUAUUGAAACACCAUUGCCAGACCUAUGGAUUGAUCAUGGGCGGCAGUAAUCGGUCUUCUGAGGCUAAAAAGCUGGGAAAUGGGAUUAAUAUUAUUGUAGCCACACCCGGGAGACUUCUAGAUCACCUUCAGAAUACGCAGGAGUUUAUGUUCCGAAAUCUGCAGUGUUUAAUCAUAGAUGAAGCAGAUAGGAUCUUGGAGGUUGGAUUUGAAGAGGAAAUGAAACAGAUUGUGCGUCUUCUUCCAAAGAGGAGACAAACAAUGCUGUUUUCUGCGACGCAGACCAAAAAAAUUGAGGAUCUAGCCCGUGUUUCGCUGAAAAAGAUGCCGCUUUAUGUGGGAGUAGAUGACUCUGAGCAGUCGGCAACUGUAGAUGGCUUGGAGCAAGGUUACGCUGUAUGUCCUUCAGAAAAACGGUUUUUGGUCCUAUUUACUUUUCUGCGAAGAAAUAGGGAUAAAAAAGUGAUGGUUUUCUUCUCAUCCUGCAUGAGUGUAAAGUUCCAUUAUGAGCUUUUAAACUACAUUGACCUCCCAUGCAUGUCGAUCCACGGACGACAGAAACAGACGAAACGCACAACCACAUUUUUCCAGUUCUGUAACGCAGAUAAAGGAAUCCUCCUCUGCACUGAUGUUGCAGCGCGAGGAUUAGACAUCCCAGAGGUCGAUUGGAUCGUCCAGUUUGAUCCUCCAGAUGACCCAAAAGAAUACAUCCAUAGAGUAGGGCGCACAGCAAGAGGUGUAAAUGGUAGAGGGCAUGCUCUUCUUUUCCUACGUCCCUCAGAGUUGGGUUUCUUGCAUUAUCUUCGCCAUGCUAAAGUCCCAGUAAGUGAGUUUGAAUUUUCGUGGUCAAAAAUCGCGAAUAUUCAAACCCAGCUUGAAAGAUUGAUACAGAAGAAUUACUUUCUACAUAAAUCCUCCCAAGAAGCGUAUAAAUCCUACAUACGUGCUUAUGCAUCGCACUCACUCAAGUCUAUUUUCAAUGUCGAGACCCUGGACCUUGCAAAGGUGGCAUCAUCGUUUGGAUUUCCAGUUCCACCCUAUGUUGAUCUUAACGUACACAGCAAGAAAAUGAGCAAGCAGUCAAGACGGAACCAGUAUGGAGCCCAAAACGAGAAAUCCAAAAUUUACAAGAGUGUUGGGACAAGAAGAAAGGAUAGACGAUCAUUUACAAAUUAAAUCUUGUUGUUUUUAAAAUGCUGUAUUUACAAUUUAGCGUGAAACUGGAUUUGGUGAAAAAAUACACUCAAAUAAAAAUUGACAACAUUUAA